AUGCCCAACAUUGGCAAGUCGUCCUUGUUCAAUGCAAUGACAAGCAGCAGUGUACCAGCCGAGAACUAUCCAUUUUGUACUAUAGAUCCAUCCGAAGCCCGUGUGGCAGUACCGGAUGAACGUUUCGAUUGGCUAUGUGAUACAUACUCUCCAAAGAAACGGACACCUGCACAUUUGACAGUGGUCGAUAUUGCCGGCUUGGUGCGAGGUGCUGCUCAAGGUGCUGGUCUCGGGAAUGCCUUUUUAUCCAAUGUAGCAUCCGUUGAUGCCAUUUAUCAUUUGGUGCGUGGAUUCGACAAUGAUGAUGUGACCCAUGUUGAAGAUACGGUGGAUCCUGUGCGUGAUCUUGAGAUUAUCCAAGACGAACUUCGGCUAAAGGAUGAAGAAAUGCUUGAACGACAAUUGACAGAACUGAGUCGUGCUUCCAAAUUCCCCGAUCGUAAGCAGCUCAAGGAACAUUUGGAUGUGGUGGAAAAGGUUGCCAACUUUAUGGCCAAGGGCAACGAUGUUCGAAAAGGCGAAUGGUCAUUCUCCGAUGUCAAUAUUAUCAACACAUUGCAUUUGCUGACAGCCAAGCCCAUGGUCUAUCUAUGUAACAUGAGCGAGCAAGAUUACAUCAACGGCAAUUCGAGUCACUGGUUACCAAAGAUCCAAGAUUGGGUACAGAACAAUAAUGCCGGUGAUUUGAUUAUUCCCCUCUCAGUCGCAUUUGAAUCCAAGCUUCUCAAUGACAUGCUUCCCGAAGAGGCUGCUGAAUACACUGCUGAGCUAGGCGUAGGCUCACAGCUUCCUCGUAUCAUUCUUGCUGGAUACAAGUCUUUACAAUUGAUCCACUAUUUCACAGCCGGUCCAGAAGAAGUGCGCGCAUGGACGGUUAGGGAUGGUACCAAGGCUCCCCAAGCAGCUGGUGUGAUCCACACUGAUUUCGAGCGUGGUUUCAUUUCCGCCGAAGUGAUGAAAUACGCUGACUUGCGAGAGCAUGGCAACGAAACACAGGUGAAAUCGGUUGGCAAGUACUUGGCCAAGGGUAAGGAUUACGCUGUUGAGGAUGGCGAUAUUAUGUAUUACAAGGUGAGUUUAUCCUAUCUCGAGAUGAUCAGCGUAGCUUAG